UCAGAGGGCAGCAGGUGGAUGAGGAAGAAGCGUCACUGCAUUUCUAAGGCCGCCAUGAGUUUUUACAAGCACAGUUACUUUCCAUCUGUGGAUAACAGUUAACACAGAUGGGUAGAAAUCUACCAACAACAUGACCUAAAUAAUUUUGGAUUGUUUAAGAAAUUGUACUUGAUUUGAUUAUCAAACAGGCUACUGUCAGCUGAAUUUAUAAUUUUACAUUGACAAAUGUGAGAACAAAGGAAACCUGUCCGCAUGUCCCCGCUACAGGGCCUACGUUUUAUCUCAAACUGCUAUUGGAUACAAUGUAGGUUACCCUGGCCUAUCACAGGACACCACACUCUGAGACCCAAACAUCGGCUUCAGUGAUUGGUCGAAACGUUUGGCGCCUCUUGACUCUGCUGCAGCCGGAGUGGGCGGCGAGUGCGAGACGGUGGACAGUUUGAACCUGCUCCGCGUCGAGGCGGAAAUAUUGAAAAUAAACUGUUUGAUUUCAGAAAAGACGGAGUCAAAUGACAGCAGGGUCCGUCAAAACAAGCAUUAGUGUUAUCGCAAAAGGUCCACAUUGAGGCGUGGGAACGGAAGCUUUUACCGUUUAACGGACGGUCGGUUCUGUAAAGCCGGCUGUCGCGCUUAGAAUCGCUGCCUCCUGCUGAGCUAACUGCUAACUAGCUGCGGAGCUAACGCUUCGGCUAAGCUCCCACACAAAGAACCGCUCUCCCAGUGUUCGUCGUGGUUACCUGGAAUCACUGCGUUGAAUGAGGCCAGAGCCUGUCGUCCAGGGUGACCAUGGUGCUGACAGGGAAGCGUUCGGACAAAGGUCCAGCCUGCUGGAAGAGGAGGGUGAAGUCUGAGUACAUGAGGCUCCGGCAGCAGAAACGCUUCAGACGGGCCGACGAGGUCAAGAGCAUGUUCAACUCCAACCGUCAGAAGAUCGUGGAGCGGACGGACACUCUGAACCAGGAGUGGAAGACGCGGCGGAUCCAGCCGGUCCACAUCAUGACGUCGGUCAGCUCGCUGCGCGCCUCCAGAGAGUGCACCGUGGAGAGCGGCUUCUCUGAGUUCCCGCGGCAGGUGAUCCCCCUGAAGACGCUGAACGCCGUGGCCUCGGUUCCGGUCAUGUACUCCUGGUCGCCGCUGCAGCAGAACUUCAUGGUGGAGGACGAGACGGUGCUGCACAACAUCCCCUACAUGGGAGACGAGAUCCUGGACCAGGACGGCACCUUCAUAGAGGAGCUGAUCAAGAACUACGACGGAAAAGUCCAUGGAGACCGAGAAUGCGGCUUCAUCAACGACGAGAUCUUCGUGGAGUUGGUCAACUCGAUGGUUCAGUACAGCGACAACGAGGAUGACGAGGAGGAGGAAGAGCAGGACUUCAAGGUGGAGAAGAUGGAGACGUGUGACGGCAAGGAUCAGCCGGAGGACGGCAGCAAGGACAGACAUGUCAGCAACGAAGGUCGGAGCAACAGCGACAGCAACAAGAAGUUCCCGUCUGAUAAGAUCUUUGAAGCCAUCUCCUCCAUGUUCCCUGACAAAGGAUCCACUGAGGAGCUGAAGGAGAAGUACAAGGAGCUGACCGAGCAGCAGCUUCCCGGCACUCUUCCUCCUGAAUGCACGCCGAACAUCGACGGCCCAAAUGCUCGCUCUGUGCAGCGGGAGCAGAGCCUGCACUCCUUCCACACGCUGUUCUGCCGCCGCUGCUUCAAAUACGACUGCUUCCUCCACCCUUUCCACGCCACGCCGAACACCUACAAGCGUAAGAACCUGGAGAACCUGGUGAACACGAAGCCGUGUGGCGCCGAAUGCUACAUGUACCUGGUGCAGGACGGGAUGGUGAGGGAGUAUCCGGCCGGCGCCGAGCGCGCCAAGACGCCGUCCAAACGCAGCGUUGGCCGGCGCCGCGGGAGACUGCCCAACAGCAGCAGCCGGCCCGGCACGCCCACCGUUUCCUCGGAAACCAAAGACACGGACAGCGACCGCGAGGGGAGCAAAGACGACGAGCGAGAAAACGACAAGGACGACGAGGACAAGAAGGACGAGACGACCAGCAGCUCAGAGGGGAACUCUCGCUGCCAGACGCCGGUGAAGAUGAAGCUGACCUGCGAGCCGGAAGCCGUGGACUGGACCGGCGCCGAGGCGUCCCUCUUCCGGGUCCUGAUCGGGACGUACUACGACAACUUCUGCGCCAUCGCACGCCUCAUCGGCACCAAGACCUGCAGACAGGUUUACGAGUUCCGGGUCAAAGAGUCGGCCAUCAUCGCCCGGGCGCCGGCCGAGGACGAGGACACGCCCCCCAGGAAGAAGAAGAGGAAGCACCGGCUGUGGGCCACGCACUGCAGGAAGAUCCAGCUGAAGAAAGACGGGUCGUCCAACCACGUGUACAACUACCAGCCGUGCGACCAUCCGCGGCAGCCCUGCGACUCGUCCUGCCCCUGCGUCACCGCGCAGAACUUCUGCGAGAAGUUCUGCCAGUGCAGCUCCGAGUGUCAGAACCGCUUCCCGGGCUGCCGGUGCAAAGCCCAGUGCAACACCAAGCAGUGCCCCUGCUACCUGGCGGUGCGGGAGUGCGACCCGGACCUGUGCCUGACCUGCGGCGCCGCCGACCACUGGGACAGCAAGAACGUCUCCUGUAAGAACUGCUCCAUCCAGCGCGGCGCCAAGAAGCACCUGCUGCUGGCGCCGUCCGACGUGGCCGGGUGGGGCAUCUUCAUCAAGGAGCCGGUCCAGAAGAACGAGUUCAUCUCCGAGUACUGUGGAGAGAUCAUCUCUCAGGACGAAGCCGACCGCCGAGGGAAGGUUUACGAUAAAUACAUGUGCAGCUUCCUCUUCAACCUCAACAACGACUUCGUUGUCGACGCCACGAGGAAAGGCAACAAGAUCCGCUUCGCCAAUCACUCUGUGAACCCAAACUGCUAUGCAAAAGUGAUGAUGGUCAACGGGGAUCACAGGAUCGGGAUCUUCGCCAAGAGAGCCAUCCAGACCGGAGAGGAGCUGUUCUUCGACUACAGGUACAGCCAGGCCGACGCCCUGAAGUACGUCGGCAUCGAGCGCGAGAUGGAGAUCGCCUGAACCGGACCUGCGGUUCUGACCCGGACGCCUUAGACCCAAACAAACUUCAAAUCUUCAGGAAACUUUUUCUCUACAUUUUUUAUUUUCCGUCAACAAGCGCUCCUCUCCGGUCCGGACAUUUGGACCCAACCGGAACCAAAAGUCGACACUCGGGACCAAAACUCCUCCACCAGCAGCUCCAGGGUUCUGUUCACGACCCGGAUGGACCCGACACUGCCAAACCAAACGGUUCUGAUCCAGUUAGACUAUUGGAUCAGAACCGCAGACUGAACCCUGGGAAAGUGUUCAGAUCGUUUCACACCAGCAAACCUGGUUCUGGUUCUGGUGCUACCCGGUCCAAACCUCUGCUCUCUCCUACCUGGACCUUCUGUUGGUGCUUCAGUCCGGGUUCUCCAGAACCGCAGACUUCUUCCUGUUGGGUCAACCGGACCUGGUGCUGAUCCAGAACCGCUGACCGGACCUCCCGGCGGUUCUGUGCAUGUUUGUGUUUUAACCUGAUUCUGUUUGGAGAAGCUGGGAGCGGUUUGUUGGUGACGGAUCAGAACCGGCCCGGUUCUGUCACCUGGUGCUCAGUUUUAGUUUUUAAAAUCAGGUUUCAUCUGGGUUCUGAUCCUUCACUGGAAGAACCGGACCCUCGGGUUCUGCUUGGUUCUGAUCCUUCACUGGAGGAACCGGACCCUCGGGUUCUGCUUGGUUCUGAUCCUUCACUGGAGGAACCGGACCCUCGGGUUCUGUUUGGAUCAGAACCGGAUCAGAACCAAACCCUCGGCUGGUGAAAUAUCAGAACCUUCAUCGUUAUGAUUUCUGUUUUUGUGCAAAUGAAAGUCUAAAUUUGUCGUCAUGGUGACGGAUUCUUUCAGCCAGCUGACUGACAGUGGUCAGCAACAUGUGUGAGACGGGCUGUUACCGUGGCAACAGGAUGCCAGGGUUUCCUUUUUAACGCGUUUGAACCGGUUCUGACCCGGUUUUUCGGAUUUAAUCCUUUUUAGUUUUGUGUUUUUCCUGCCGAUCACGGACGGUUUGAUUCUGUUUCGGAUCAGGAGGUUCUGGACGUCCAACCCGGUACGUCCCGACCAGAACCGCAGCAUGCUCUGCUACUGGACCAGAACAUUCCUCCAGAACUGUCUGAAGCAGCCGGGCUCCUCCUGUGGAACCACGUCACUGGUGCUGAGCCGGGCCGGGUUCCGAACAGAACCCGACCCGUUAAACUUCAGGUUCUUCUUCUUCUGACGCCGGUGCUGAUUUUUGUAACGUUUACAGGGAUUCUGCAGAUUAAAAAUAUUCUGAAUGGUUCUGGCUUGUUUCUGUGCCGAUCCGUUCGGGUUCAAAGAAAGAUUCGGUUCUGGAUGUUUGAACCCAUCCUGAUCAGAACCGGUCCAACAUCUGCAAGUAUUUAUGACUGACACACAAACCUGCUGUAAUAUUUCAUGCCUCUAAAAUAUGAGGCGUUUGGGGCCGACGACUCAUAAUGUAACUAUCUGCAGUUGGCUACUCAACAUUUGGUUCAGCCAGCUGACUGGCAGUGUAACAGCAACAUUUGUCAUCUCAUUAAAGGGAUUUAAGCCAGAAGAACUGGUUUGGUUCUGGUUCUGACCCACAGACUCCAGCAGGCGGCGUUAGAGAAAUCUUUCCUUGUUUUUAUUUAUCACACAUUUAGAAAAUGAACCACACUAUACAAAUGUCCACCGUUCAGUAAUGGAUCCGGCCUCCUGCCUGCGGCCGGCGCCGGUCCGAUCCUCGCUCAGCGGCCUGGCUCGCCGUGCGGUCGCCGUGGUAGCAUGCAGAACCUUUGGGUGCGGCGGCGCUCCUCAGACUAAUUCAUGAACGUUUGCACUAUGCAGAGAAGGGUUUCAUUCCUCUUACAGUCUGUUAUUUACAACAUGAGGGCGAGUCAAUGGGACGGGCGAGCGAGUACACGGGGUUUCCCAGCCUCGACAGCAGGGGCGUUUCUUCCUUCAUCGCAGCACAAACCCUCCUCUUCCUGUUUGGUGCGGCCACAUGGUUGGGCGGCUCCGCCCCUCAGAUCCACACGUUAUUUACUCAGACAUCAAAUUAAAAAAAAAAAA